CAAAAAGGGGCAAUUGCCUUCUAGGCAGACCGAAACGACAUCGUUUGUUUUCCUAACUUCAACGCCAGAUACGGGAAACCACUCAGCCAUCCCGUUCAAAACGUACACUCCAUUUCCUCAAAUUCCUAAAAUCAACAGUUAGGGUUAGGGUUAGAACACCGAACAAAUCAAACAAUUUCGCUCAUCCAAACAAUGGCAACCAGAUCUGGAAACCGACAACAGGCUAACACCGGUGGACCAAACACAGGUGCGAAACCAGCUAUGAGAAAACCAGUAUUCACCAAAGUGGAUCAGUUGAAACCGGGAACAAGCGGUCAUAAUCUUACUGUUAAGAUUGUGAAUGCCAACACAGUUCUUAGUAAGAAACCUAGGAACCCAUCAUCGUUACGUGUUCCAUCACGGCCACAACAGAACACUCGCAUCGCUGAAUGUCUUGUUGGUGAUGAAACUGGAUCUAUCCUUCUAACUGCUCGUAACGAUCAAGUUGAUCUGAUGAAGCCAGAUGCCACAAUCAUACUUCGGAAUGCAAAGAUUGACAUGUUUAAGGGCUCUAUGAGGCUUGCGGUUGACAAAUGGGGCCGUAUUGAGGCCGCUGAGCCUGCAACUUUCGUGGUCAAUGAAGAAAACAAUUUAUCCAUGGUUGAGUACGAGUUGGUGAAUGUCGAAGAAUAGAAGUGGGUUUACAUAACUAAGGGGGUGCUAUUGGAUAAAUUUGCUUUUGUGGGUAUCUGUUUUUGGUAUACAAAUCUCACUCAAUAAAUUAGUUGUUGCGUUGAAGAUGCUUAACAUGUGGUAGGUCCAAUCUAAUGUCAGUUCAUUGUAAAAAGGAUUCACCUUAUUAAGAGUGUGUUAAGGUGGGGGUUACUUGUUAUUAGUAUUAAAAUAUAUCUUGCUUUCAGUGCAUUUCUUGAUUCA